GGUCGGCCCGACCGCUCGUUUUCGCACCCACCAACGACGUCGCCCGCUAGCCGCAGAGCGACGAACGAUCGCAACUCGUUCGACAAAAUUCCUUGGAAGGAGGACGGGAUAAAUGAGAAUAGGGAAGCCAAAAAGAGAAUGAUUUGGUGGGAUUUAUUCUAUUCCGAACCCAUUCGAAUUAGAAUCACGUCGCGAGACGAAAGAGAGACAGAGAGAGAGAGGAGAUGAUGACACCUCCCCGGAAUUCCCUUCCUUUUACUCCGACCUUUUCUUGAUUCUUCGUUUUCUUUUGUUGUUUGUCUUCGGAGGAGAAUGAGGGCUCCGAGUUGAUCUGCUUUUGUAUCUUCUCCGCUCCCUGAUGCCUUCCCUUGAUUUCUAGUUUGUGCCAGGCGCCCCCGCAGGGCUGCCGCAUUGUUUGGAUCUUGGAAUGCUAUGGCAUCCUUGAGAUCCUCGCUUCUGAUCCGAAUUGGCACAAAGAUGUGCGUUUUUGCGAUUAGGUGAUUCUUUCUUGUUCAUUCAUUUGCAUAUCGUCGACUCGCACGUUGCUGCUAACAUCUUCUUCGCUUCCUCGGUGCUUUGUUCUCAUUGGUAUACUUUGUAGGAUUCGUACGUUGUUAUCUGAUUCAAAAAAGGUUAAGGUUCCGUGGUAAGUGAUAAGGUCUGAUUCUUUUGUACUUUUCCUGCUUCUGGGAUGUGGGAAUCGGCAUGUUAAAGCGAGAAGGCCUGCGAUCGUGCUUUUAUUUUCUCCAGACCCGUUGGAGCGAUCGCGCUUCCCCUAUGGCUUUGUAUAAGCAUCUCCUGUCGACGAGUUUCUAUGGGUUUAGCCACAUGAGCGAGGCUAAUCAGCAGGGCAGACGUCAUAGGAGUAUCUUGGUUCGCAUGGACAUGGGUUCCCAAGUCGGUUCCGUCAACGUCUUGGGCUUGAAGAGCUGCUUGGACCGUCAUGACGGUGUUUUUAGAAAGGCAGAUGGCGAAAUCCAAAGGGCUCAUUGUGUGGCACCGCACCACCAUUUGGUUCAAGGUUCUGAUUUCGUUCUUUCGGAGGAUGUGGGGUUGAAGUUGGCAAAUGAAGGUGGAUCAUACAAACAUGGAUUUCCUAUAGGAUUUCCAGCCUAUCCGGUGACCAAGAAAUUGGUCGUUGCUGUUGAUGUAGAUGAAGUGCUUGGAAGCUUUCUCGCAGCUCUGAACAAAUUUAUUGCUAAUCGAUACUCCUCCAAUCAUUCUGUAUCAGAGUAUUAUGUGUAUGAGUUUUUCAAGAUCUGGAAAUGUUCUCGAGCUGAAGCUGAUAUCCGUGUUCAUGAGUUCUUCAAAACUUCGUACUUCAAAACGGGCAUUCAUCCCAUCCCUGGUGCUCGAUACGCUCUCCAUAAAUUGUCGACUUUUUGCAACCUAUCUGUGGUGACAUCUCGACAGAAUGCUAUCAAGGAUCACACACUUGAGUGGAUAGAGAAGUACUAUCCUGGCUUGUUUAAGGAGAUUCACUUUGGCAACCAUUUUGCACUAGAUGGAAUUUCAAGGCCGAAAUCCAAGAUUUGCAGAUCUCUGGGAGCCCAUGUUCUGAUUGAUGACAACCCAAAAUAUGCUCUUGAGUGUGCCGAAGUCGGUAUCAGGGUCCUCCUCUUUGACUAUGACAAUUCUUACCCAUGGUCCAAGACAGGUUCAGCUACUUCUCAUCCAAUGGUGACCAAGGUCCAUAACUGGCGACAAGUAGAACAGCAGCUGGUCUCAUGGGCACUAACUGUAGUUUAGCCCCACCCAAGAUUUGCAGCUUACAUUCUGCUGCUUUAGUUAAUAUCUUACUACCGAGUGGAUAUACUGUAGAAUACCAAUGGGAGGCUCAUCGGUCCCUUGCAUUUUAAGCUGCGUCUUAGGAUGAUGAUAAGAGGGUGUAAUGUGUGCCCCUUGUUUGUCAACAAUAUGAAAAGAGAAGAACAAAGUGAUUGUGGUUUUGCAAUCUUUCAAUAAAUACCCAAUCCUAGAUGGAGUGAUUGGACUUUACAA